AUGCCUCCCUUUUCGGUGGGGCACGUUCAAAAGACAGUGUUCGUGGGGCUGGUGAUUGUGCUGACAAGCUCCAUCGUGGCCGUUGUCUACAUCUGCCUGCUGCCCCUCAUCCUCCAGACCUACCCGCCCGGCUGGAUCUGCUGGCACCUCACCUACGGGCACUGGAACCUGCUCAUGAUCGUCUUCCACUACUACAUGGCCAUCAGCACCCCGCCGGGGCAUCCCCCCCAGGUCAGGUGUGUGCUGAAAAUGGACCAUCACUGCCCCUGGCUGAAUAACUGCGUGGGACAUUACAACCAUCGCUACUUCUUCUCCUUCUGCCUCGUCAUGACCAUGGGCUGCGUGUACUGCAGCAUCAGCGCAUGGGCCGUGUUCCGGGAGGCCUACGCGGCCAUUGAGAGAAUGAAGCUGCUCGAGGAGGAGAGACUGCAGGUGGCUGCCAACCAGACCUACCAGCAGAGCCCGCCUCCUGCCUUCUCCUUCCGCCAGCGGGCCUUCCACAAGAGCAUCGUCUACCUGUGGGUGCUGUGCAGCUCCGUAGCGCUGGCCCUGGGGGCCCUCACGCUGUGGCACGCUGCCCUCAUCACCCGCGGGGAGACCCCUCCGCCGCCUGGCACAACUGGAGGCUGUUCCUGGGCGUAG